AUGUCACCUUUUAGGUUGUCGAUAUUAGAAAGUGAACUGUCUGAGUUGUGGACAAAUACGUUCUUUGCGACGAAGGGUCUGACGGUAUGGGUGUUAACGAGGAAGGCACCGACGGAAAGGAUCCCCGAGGAGAAUCAGGGAAUCGAUAACCAAUUUUUAGCUGAUCUAUUCAACGUGGAUCUUGACACCGCGAGUAAGCUAGGCGGAGAGAACGACAACAGAGGUCAUAUCGUCCGAGUGGAGAAAAACUUCGAGGUGGUGUGCCCUAAGUACCAAGGAGAAGAACAAGAAAGAAGAAAAGACAAUGGCAUGGAAGAAACCAUUUGCACCAUGAAGAUGAGGCAAAACAUCAAUAAUCCCGCUCUUGCUGACGUGUACAACCCACGAGGCGGACACAUCACCACUUUCAAUUCUCAUAGUUUCCCAAUUCUCAACUCGGUUCGGCUCAGCGCUGAGAGAGUCGUUCUCUACCGGAACGCGAUCUUGGCUCCACACUGGACAAUGAACGCUCACAGCAUGAUCUACAUCCUCCGAGGAAGCGGUAGAAUACAAAUUGUGGGAAGCAAGGGAACCGUGUUCGAUGAAAACGUUCAAGAAGGACAGAUAGUUGUCGUGCCACAAAACUUUGCAUCGAUCAAGAAGGCUAGCGAUGACGGUUUGGAAUGGAUCGCUUUCAAGACGAGCGCGAAUGCAAUAAGCAGCCCAUUAACUGGGAGGUUGUCGGUCUUCCGAGGGAUGCCAGUGGAAGUGCUGAUGAACUCAUAUGGAAUCUCGAGGGAGGAAGCGAGGAACUUGAAAUUCAACCAAAGGGAGGUGAAGGUGUUUGGACCUGGAUCUAAAUCAUCAAGAUCAGACAGGGAUUAG